AUGACGAAGAUCUUCUAUAUUGGAAUCCUACGAAAUGACCCUGUACCUGCGGUCGAACUGGCCGUCGAGCAGGACCUCUCGUCCUUCUCCCGCUUCACCCGCGCAAGCUACAGCGAAUUCAUGACCAUGUUCGCCAAAACCGUAGCGGAGCGAACGAAGCCCGGUGUACGACAAGACAUCGAGGAACGAGCCCACACAUUCCACGCUUACGGCUCGAGCCAGGGGAUCGCAGGCAUCAUAAUCUCGGACGCCGAGUAUCCGGCGCUGGUUGCGCACCAACUUCUCUCGAAGAUCGUCGAUGAAUUCACAUCACAAAACCCUCGGUCGUCUUAUUCAUCUCCCUCGGUCACUUCGCGGCCGUACCCGCAAUUGAAGGAGUAUCUGCAGAAAUACCAGGACCCGAACCAAGCAGACAGUAUCAUGAAGGUGCAGCGGGAAUUGGACGAGACCAAGAUUGUUCUGCAUAAGACGAUUGAGAGUGUGUUGGAGAGAGGGGAGAAGAUUGAUAGUCUCGUGGCCAAAUCGGAUGGUCUGAGUGCUCAGAGUAAGAUGUUUUAUAACCAGGCGAAGAAGCAGAAUUCGUGUUGUGUGGUUAUGUGA